UUUGCGCGGGAAACUUCCGAGUUAGUUAAACCCUUGGCUCCGAUCCUUUAUCUUAUGCCACGUGUCCUUUCAGACAGUUACAACCGUUAGUCCGUUAGACUUUCUUUCCCUCUCUCCAUCCCAAAAUCCAAACACAGUUAAGGACCUUCGAAGUCUGAACCAUUCAUCAAUGGCGCUAGAAAAUCCUAACGUCGAGGUUUACCCUUCCGUCGACGUCGAUGUCGGAGACCUCGUCGAGAAUCUCUCCCCGGAGAAGAAAGCCACUGCUGCUGACGAUGACAGCUCCAGCUCCUCUUCCUCCAACGCCUCUCCUUCGGCGCCCCCGGCCACCGAGGAGAUCCUCAUCACAGUCCCCGGCGCCAUCCUCCACCUAAUCGACAAGGAGUACAGCGUGGAACUCGCCUGCGGCAACCUCACCAUCGUUCGCCUCCGGCAAGACGAGAACAUCGUUGCCGUCUAUGCCGAUCUCGCCGGCGAGACACAGUGGCCGCUGGCGAAGGACGAGGCCGCCGUGAAGGUGGAUGAUUCACAUUACUUCUUCUCCUUCCGUGUCCCGAUCGAAUCCGACGAUCAGAAACCGAGCUCAGCCGCAGCCACAGAGGUGCUGAGUUACGGCCUGACGAUCGCAUCGAAAGGACAAGAAGAUCUGCUUUUGAAGCUCGAUGAGAUUUUAAACGAAUGCAGCUGUUUCACCGUACACCAAGUGAGUAAGGAUGCGCAGAAGAAGGGGGAAGCGUUGGACGGAUCGGUGGCGGCGGAUGUUUCGCCGGAGGAUAUGAAAUCGGAGGAGAAGCAGGAAUUGAUGGAGGAGAUGAGUGCGGCGUAUUGGACAACAUUGGCUCCGAAUGUGGAGGAAUACAACGGAACGGCGGCGAGGUUGAUCGCCACUGGAUCGGGGCAGCUGAUUAAGGGGAUAUUGUGGUGUGGAGAUGUGACGGUGGAGCGGUUGAAGUGGGGAAAUGAGUUCCUGAAGCAGAGGAUGGCUGGUGGUUCCGACGUCGAGGUUAGUCCUCAAACUAUGAAGCGGAUUAAAAGGGUUAAGAAAGUGACUAAAGUGACAGAGAAAGUAGCCAAUGGGGUCCUCAGUGGGGUGGUGAGAGUCUCUGGAUUUUUUGCCACUAAAGCAUCAAAUUCAAAAGCUGGGAAGAAAUUUAUCAAACUACUACCUGAAGAAGUUGUGAUUGCAUCACUGGAUGGAUUCAUUAAAGUAUGUGAUGCUGUUGAAGUAACGGGAAAAAAUGUCUUAACAACAUCAUCAACUGUGACAACUGAACUUGUCCAACACAGAUAUGGAGAAGAAGCUGCAAAGGCUGCAAAUGAAGGGCUAGAUGCAGCUGGUCAUGCAGUUGGGGCUGCCUGGGCUACAUUUAAGAUAAGGCAGGCCUUUACUCCAAAGAGUUUGAUACAACCUGUCGACGUCAGCAAAGUUGCAUCUAAAGAAUUAGAGGCUAGGAAAAAAAAGGCCAAGUGAUGAUGAUUACGAUUUAUGGCAUGAGUUAUUCAAUAUUUUAAGGUUUGAUCACCAUCCUAAUAUCAAAACUUUAGAGUCACCACUGCUAUUCAUUAAUUGCCCACAAUACUCUUAGGAGAGGUGGCCAUAUUGUUGUUGUAUAGAUAUAUAUUAUAGGUUAGGACUUAGGA